UGCAGUAGAGAGAGAGAUCUCCUGCCUGAAGGGGGUGGGGACAGCAUCUCAAAGCUGACUCUCUCUCUCAUACACAGACACACACUGCUCCCUCACAGGCACAUACAAAGAGCUCCCUUCAGCCGUCCAAGGCAGCGUCUCCUGGAGAGCGACACUUUUUUUUCCCGGAUAAGUGCAAAGAUGCUGGACGUCCUGAACAGCCAGUUUGACUCCUUUCUCUUCUGGAGGACCCCCAUCCCCGUGGUGGACAUCUCCGAGAUCGAGGUGCUGGGGCUCGACGUGCCCGAGUCUGGCGCCGGGGGCCAGAGUACGCCUCGCAACUCAUGGGACACGGAGGAGGAGGACGAGGACGGAACACUGGCCCAGUACAACACCUUCAACUUUUGGCGGGAACCCAUCGCCAGUUUCAGUGGCCUCGACUUGGAACUGCUCUGAGUCAGCGCUCCGUUGAAUGCCGCCGCGAAUGAGUUGUUAAUGUAUUGUUUCCCGGAAUCCAUAAAGUUUUACUGUGAACGUGUGAAA